UCCAAAUAGUGUAAAAAGGGUUUCUAAUACUGAAAAGGGACCUUCAGGGUAAUGAAAAACCCUUACUGACAUGGUCCUAUAAGGCAAGUACUAAUGAUAUGCACGCCCACAACCGAUGCCAAUAUAUAAUUGAUGAUACCACCCGUUCUAAGGUCAAAAUCCCACAAGCCGGCUCGCGAUACUGUGACAAGAUGACUUUCUGUCUAGGUCUAUCAGAGAGAAGAAACUCUCAAAAUUACAUCAAUGGAAUCAGACUUCCUUCUUUUAUAGAGAAAAAGAUGCUAGAGGACCUGGUGGAUUUUCCACUGCAGGAAGAUGACCUUUUUGUGGUGACUUACCCGAAGUCAGGCACUGUCUGGACACUUCAUUUGACGACUCUCAUAAGAAAUACAAGCAACGCAGCGCGGUCUGAGCAUCUGGUAGAGCAGUCGAUGGUUUGGCUUGAACGUGAAGGAAAGGAGGCUGGAUUGGCACUGCCAUCUCCUCGUAGAUUUGCAAGUCACUUGCCUUAUCACAUGGUGCCAGGCGGUGCACCCGCCAGAUCCCUUGCUAAAUACAUUUAUGUUGCACGAAACCCUAAAGACGUUGCUGUCUCUUUCUACUAUCAUUUGUUACGCAUGAAAAGCAUUGGAAACUUAGAAUGGGAUGAGUUUUUCGAAAUGUUCAUUAGUGGAAGAACAAUGUUUGGACCUUGGUUUGAUCAUGUGCUUGAGUGGUGGCAGAAUAAAGAUGCUGAAAACAUUCUGUUCCUAAGGUAUGAGGACAUGAAGAGGGAUCUCCCAGGGGCAGUGAGGAGUAUAUCACAGUUCAUGGGAUAUGAUCUUGAUCAGGCUACAAUAGAGAGUAUUGCUGAACAAAGCUCAUUUGAAAACAUGAAGGCAAAUCCAAUGGCUAACCCUGACAAUUCAAAGUACGCUAAUCAUUUUAAAGAGGAUGCAGGUUCGUUCAUGCGCAAAGGAGUUAUAGGCGACUGGAAGAAUCAUUUCUCUGAAGAGCAAUCGGCCCGAUUUGACGCGGAGUUUGCCCGGAGAAUGGCUGGCAGUGGUCUGGAACUAGCUAGUUACUGAACUUAUCACGGGCCAAGACUUGCAUAAACAGCUGUAGCUAAUUUUGUUAGCGUAUUUUCAUGCGUUUUAUCAAUUAUCUAUAUAUUUUUUCAGUGUUAUUAUAGGUGUAUAAAGUAACACCUAGGUUAUUAA